CGAUUGAAGUGUCCCUAUUUCCUAUCUGCGUGGCUAUUGAAAUUGUGCUGCUGGUGGAUAAUUUUGAAUUGUGUUCAAUACUUUUUUUUACAAUAAAUACCAUCAGGAUAGACUUUUAUUCUUCAAUUUUACACCCGUAACUAUUCAUUCAGUGAACCAGUUCGUACACAUUGUGAUAUUUAGUCACAAAAAAGAAGCAACAGAACACGCAGUCCAAGAAGAAAAUUCCUUUGUCGUCGUCAGUUGAGUGAAAAACGUGAUUUUCGCGUAAACGAGACAGGGAAAAGAAAGUGUGAAAUUCAUAAAAAAGAAGUGUGUGAAUGCAAUAGAGAGGGGCCGCUUUGAAAAAGUUUGGAACGGUGUGUGGCGUGUGUUAUUUUUCGCAAGUUGGGUCUGUUACAACAUUUAGUUUGCGAUAAAAAUUACAAGCGCCCCAUUGAAGGUUAUAUUUUUUUUGGAUUGGAAUUCUCACGGGGCGAGCGAGCGAGCGAGUGAACGACGAACGGACAAAUCAACCGGAGAAGUAGUGUUGUGUGAGAGAACGAACUUGUGUUGUUGUUGUUGUUACGUGUGCAUGUUUGAGUGCGCGUAGAGAAGUUAACUAACCGGAGUGUACCGCCUCAAUCCAAGUGUCGAACGAAGUUAAAAUUUGAAAACAGCAAAGAAAGCAGAAAUUCGACAAAAAAAGUAAAGUAAAAAAGUUAUACAAGCAAAAUGGCUCAAGAAAACUCCGAUAUGUCCACAAAAUUCUCCACACUAAAUGUCAAUGCUGCGGAAUUUGUACCGAGCUUUGGCAGCUUCAGUGCGGCCGUUGUCAGUUCUAUAAAUAAUGACAACAGUGCGCCGGCUGCUGCCACCAUUGCUGCUCCCAUGGAUACAACCAGCGUGCCAGCCUCUACCAGCGGCACUCCUGCCACCACACCUAAUUCGGAUGCAUCCGCUUCGGGUUCCCUGAAUGCACUUAGCCAGGCGGCGGCCGGUGAGGUUGCACCAGCGGAAUCUCCAAUGCAAACGUCACCAGUGAAGGUUGCUGCACCUGUGGAAAACAUCAAUACAGCCGAUAAAAUUGCAGCUAAUAAUGAAAACGAUCCUGCCGACAGCUGGGAUGUUGAAGAGGAACCCGUCAUUACACCCGAUGAUGAAGAAGCUGAAGAUAUUGAAGAAGUCGAAGGUGAUGCCACACCAAAGGUGUCAAAGAAAAAGAUACCAAAAGUAGAAGACACAAAGAGCAAAAAAGAACAUGUCAAUGUUGUUUUCAUUGGUCACGUUGAUGCUGGUAAAUCAACAAUUGGUGGCCAAAUUAUGUCCCUAACUGGCAUGGUCGACAAACGUACACUGGAAAAAUACGAACGUGAGGCACGUGAAAAAUCUCGUGAAAGUUGGUAUCUCUCAUGGGCCUUGGACACAAAUCAAGAGGAACGUGACAAGGGCAAAACCGUUGAAGUGGGUCGGGCAUAUUUCGAAACAGAACGUAAACAUUUCACCAUUUUGGAUGCUCCUGGUCACAAAAGUUUCGUACCAAAUAUGAUUGGUGGUGCGGCACAGGCCGAUCUGGCCGUUUUGGUUAUAUCGGCGCGAAAAGGUGAAUUUGAAACUGGUUUCGAUCGUGGCGGGCAGACACGUGAACAUGCUAUGUUGGCCAAAACAGCUGGUGUCAAACACCUGGUUGUACUCGUCAAUAAAAUGGACGAUCCAACAGUCAACUGGGAUGAGGCACGCUACAACGAAUGCAAAGACAAGAUCCUACCUUACCUCAAAAAAUUAGGUUUUAAUCCAGCCAAGGAUUUAACCUUUAUGCCAUGCUCAGGUUUAAGUGGAGCCGGUUUACGUGAUACUAUACCCGAUACAAUUUGUCCAUGGUACAAUGGCCCAGCCUUUAUACCAUUCAUUGAUCAGUUGCCUUCACUUAAUCGCAAAGCCGAUGGACCAUUCAUUAUGCCCAUUGUUGAUAAAUACAAGGAUAUGGGUACGGUUGUAAUGGGCAAGGUUGAGUCGGGUACUGCGCGAAAGGGCCAGAAUUUGUUGGUGAUGCCUAAUAGGACACAAGUUGCUGUUGAUCAACUUUGGUCUGAUGAUGAUGAAGUCACCUCUGUGGGUCCUGGUGAAAAUGUCAAAAUCAAGCUGAAGGGCAUUGAAGAAGAAGAUGUCUCACCUGGUUUUGUAUUGUGCGAUGCCUCUAAUCCUAUUAAAACUGGCAAAAUAUUUGAUGCUCAAGUCGUUAUCUUGGAGCAUAAAUCAAUUAUCUGUGCUGGUUAUUCGGCCGUCAUGCAUAUACAUUGUGCAGCUGAAGAAGUUACCGUUAAAGCCCUCAUUUGCUUGGUUGACAAAAAGACCGGCGAAAAAUCAAAAUCACGUCCAAGAUUCGUUAAGCAAGAUCAAGUGGCAAUUAUGAGAAUUGAAUGUUCCGGUAUGAUUUGUUUAGAACAAUUUAAACUAUUCCCACAAAUGGGAAGAUUUACUCUGAGAGAUGAAAACAAAACAAUUGCUAUUGGCAAAGUGUUGAAGGUGAUCGAGUAAAUUGAGCCAAGCUUAAUUUUUUUGUAAUUUUAAUUUUCUUGAGUGCUUCAAGCCCCGCCUUUUUUAAAAGAAAAAAAAAAAAACAAAAUAACAUGAAAUUUAUAAAAACAAAAAUCAACAUUAACAUCUAAUUUUAAAAAGUAGGCUUUUUAAGCCCAGCCGUCGUCGUCAACCUAGGAAAACAAAAUUGAAUAACGUUAUGAAAAUAAAUUCAAAAAACUGCAAACUACCAACAACCUUUCUUUAAAAAACAAAAACCACAACAACAACAACAACAAAACGGAAAUUAAGAAAACCAUGAACUUUAAAGAGAAAAAAAAAAAUAUAAAACAAAUAAUAAAGGAAAACAUUAAAAUAAAAACGAAACAAACGAAUAACAAGGAUCUUUAAUAAAUUACAGAUAAUUAUAAAAGUAUAAAAAACAAACAAACAAAAUCGUCGUAUAUAAAAUAUAUAUUAUAUUAUUACUAUUAUUAAAUAUGAGAUGAAAAAAGAAAAACAAAUGCGAAAAAGAAACAGAAUUAUAUAUGAUUAUUACUAUGUUUUUUUUUUUAAUUUUCUUUGUUAACCUUGGAAAAAGUAACAAAUUGAGAGCAGAGUGUAGAGUCAUAAAAAUAUAGAGUAUAUGAUAUUUUUUUUGGAUAGACACCGGUCUGUAACUGAUCUGAAGGCAAGAAUACAAUAUAUUGGCUUGUUAUAAACAAUGCCUGUCUGGGGUUGAUCCAGCUGUUUGCCAAUCGCUGGCCGAGGAAUGUAAUAUAAAAAUAAUAAAAACUUUUCAAUAGAGGGAGAAGAUAAAAGGGAAUAAAUUCAAUAAAAAUGAAUAAAUUUUCAUUAGCUGAUCAGUUGAUAAUGAAAUUUGGAAUGGCUGAUAAGUUAGCAACCAUUACUGUUUUAACAGCUGACCUAUAAAAAUGUAGACUAACUUGUUCUUUAAUAUUAAAGUUUUAGCAUGAUAUUAAUAUUCGGCCCUAUUACCGUUGUCGUCGCCGUUGCAAAAUUAAGUCGAGGCGACAAUAACGGUAUUAAGGUUGUCGUUUUUUGUCGAUAGCGAUUAAUGAUUGCAAAUAUCAUUGACGAUACAACAGUCAACGUGAAGUCGUUUUUUUAGAGAAUAUCUGCGGCCGUAAAAAUGUGUGACGACAUUGUAUUUUUUAGUCGACGUUGAUAUUUUAACCAUUUUGUAUUUGAUAUUUGACCAUGAAAAUAACAACAACAAAACAAUUUGGAAAUAUUGAAGCCAUUUCCGACACUGGUUUAAUAAGAUCCUAGCGCUAAAACCCUCAAUGCUGUGGUGGGCAAUUGGAACAACUCUAGUGUAAUAAAAACUUCGAUUUUUUCGAAAUUUUUUCCAGAGCUAGUUAUUUUUAGCCUGAUUCCGGGAAACUGAUUUGAUUUGAGUGAAUCGCUUACCCAAUAUAGGGUUUGAAAACUUAUACCUAUCCAACAAGUGUUCACAUGACCACCGAAGGCCGGCUACUUACAACAACUGUUAAAUUUAGAAAUCUUUAGUUCGCGUAGCCGGUUGAACAUACCCAGAAGAGAAUAUCUCUGACCCAGCCAGAAAAGGUAUUAGCACAAAUUUUAUAAUUUUGGUAAGGUAAGAGUGUUGAUAAAAAAUCCGGGUCUAAAAAAAUCGAUAAUUUGACUAUAACUUCAGAACCGAUGGCCUAUAAAUAAGCCCAUCAUGUGACAAAGUGUUUAGAAUUCAAAAUUCAAAAAAGUUUGUAUCUUUUUUGUCAAUAACAAGUGAGUGUUGCCAACGUUUUUUAAGUUGUUGCCAACUUUUAUUUUAAACUGUAGAUGUCGCGAGGGCGAGGGCGACUUGCACAUAACGUCGACGAUGACUACAGAAACGACAACCAUAAUAGGACCGACUGUUAAAUUUUUGUUACAGAAUCAAUGGCGAACUAAAUACAAAUGGUUCCCAACACACUCUAUGAUGAUGCAACAGUUUUGUUCAAUCCAUACUCAGACAGAUAUUGUUUAUAACAUAAACGAAGUAUCCAGGCUCCUUGGGUGGUUCGAAUGAAAACUUUACUGGGCUGUAUUUCUUUUUUUUCUCUUAUGUAUGUAUGUCUCUUUUAGGCUCUAUAUCAAAAUUCUUUCAAAAUCAUCAAUCAAAUGUAGAAAAUUAUUAAAUGCUGUUUCUUUUAACUUUUUUUUGAAAAGAUCAAGUUAUUUUGCCACUUCAUUUAUUGUGUGAAAAAGACAAAGAAACAAAUACUAAAAUAAUGAGCAAGGGAAUCAUUUUUAACGACAACACCAAGAUUACAACACUUCACACUACAAAACAUACCGGAAAGAUAAAUAACAACAACAACAACUAUAGUCACUAAAUUACCAAUUAAGCAAUUUGCAAAAUGGCCUACAGUCACCGUUAAAAUAUACAUAUAUUUUGUUUCUUAUUUUAAGUGAAAUAAUAUACAUUUAUAUAUAUGCAUAUGGAGAUGAUGAAGCGAUUCUAAAUUAAAUUCUUAUUCCCAAAAACCAACAUCUUUCCCGGCAAAUGAUCAUUUUGAUGAUGCUAAGGGCAAGCAAUAGACCCCUGGCUUAUUACCAUAAAUCCCAAGUAAUUGGUUGGCAUUUUAUUAAAUAAAAACAUUUCCAAUGAAAAGAAUCCAUAAUUUGUAUGUGUUUAAAAAAUACAUUUUUAAAAUAUUUAUAUAUGAAGGACUUAUUGUAUAAAAACAUUAUCAGGACAAUCAUGAAUUGUAAUUCAGUGGGUACCCACUUUUUCUGUCUCAAGUUUGAGGACCAUUUAUUUUCUAAUAUUAACUGAAAAUUUGGAGCAUAUCAAAUUAAAAACAUUUUAAAAAUUAAAAAAAAAA